AUGGGGUCAAGUUCCGACCCUGCUUAUGAGCUGGUCAACCAGCAUGAUGCCUACCAGGAGCCAGAGCCGGCGGACGCCCCGCCCCCGAAGCAGAAGUUCGACCGGGGUAGGAGCCGGCGGACCCUUAAGGCGACGGUAGUCAUCUUGGCGGCAUGCCUUAUCGUGGUUGCGGUAUUCGAGAUCAUCUCGAAUGACGCUAUGGACAGGUUCCGAAAGGCCAUGUCUGAUGCCACUGGCGCGGAAGGUGAUUGUCCCUGUCGACCAUCCAAAGUUCCUCAGCACUUCCAGACGAGCCCUCAAUUAUGGCCUGGGCCGACGAUGACGGGCCAGCCUGCCUUUAUGGCUCAGACUGUUGCGUUUGAUUCGUCGCAGACUUAUGUGCCGAAUGAGCCUUUGAUGACGGCCGUCCCCGUCCCGGGAAUGACGCCUCAGAAUCAAAGCAUCUUCAGAAUGAUGGGUUAUCUGUCGCCUUAUUUCCCUUCUCCGGGGUUCGGUGUGGAUGAGCAUCCACUUCCUCCCGGUGCAGAGAUUGUCCAGCUCCACAUGCUCUCACGACAUGGCGCAAGGUAUCCAACACAAGGAUCCCAUGUCGAACAGCUUGGUCGGAGGCUGGAAGAUGCUGCAAGCACGUUCAAGGCAUCCGGCCGCCUGGAGUUCUUGAACGAUUGGAAGUACGAGUUGGGUGCCGAAAUCCUCGUCCCGAAAGGACGGCAAGAGAUGUAUGAGUCUGGAGUCUUGCAUUCGUACAUGUACUCUCGGCUUUAUGACCCCAACACCAAGAUCAUUGCUCGAACUCCUACGCAAGACCGAAUGCUCAAGUCUGCUGAAAACUUCAUGGCCGGCUUCUUUGGACUUGAAUGGACCAAGAACGUAACCCUCGAAGUGAUUAUCGAGGCUGAAGGCUUCAAUAACUCACUCGCCGGCUACUUUGGUUGCCCCAACUCGGGCAGGGACCGUUCUCCCUUUGAAGCAUCCGCUAAGUGGAAAGAUAUCUACCUAAAAGAUGCGACGGAACGUUUCAGUGCACUGAUAGAAGGUUACGAAUGGACGGUUGAAGACACUUACUCCGCCCAAAUGAUGUGCCCCUAUGAAACUAUUGCGUAUGGAUACAGCGUUUUCUGUGACCUAUUUACGUAUGAGGAAUGGGAAGGAUUUUCUUAUACAAUAGAUAUUGAAUUCGCGGGCUCCAGUGGCUUCCAGAGUCCAACAGGAAGAGCUGUGGGCAUUGGCUACCAACAAGAGGUCAUCGCCCGCCUGAAGAACCAAACGCUUGACUACGCCAAUUCCCAAAUUAACGUCACACUCGACAAUAAUACCGAGACUUUCCCUCUCAAUCAGAGUCUCUACUUUGACUUUUCCCACGACACGAACAUAGUAUCCAUCCUCACCGCUUUCGGGCUCAAGCAAUUCUCCCCCUUCCUCGACCCAACACAACACCCGGGGCCCCACGACUUCACCGUCUCCCACGUCACUCCUUUCGGCUCCCGCCUCGACAUCGAGAUAAUCCGAACGCCGAAGCCCCUGUCGAGCGACCGGUCGGGGUACCUCGACGGGGGCGAAACCAAAUACGUCCACUUCAUUCUUAACCAGCGGACCCUGCCGCUGGGCGUCAGCUUGCCCGAGUGCGACGCCUCCCGCGUGGAUGGGUGGUGUGAGUUUGAAACGUUUGUUGGCGUGCAGGAGAAGAUGUCGGAGGUGGCGAGGUAUGAUUACGCGUGCUACGCGGACUUGCCUACGUACAAGUAUGGUGAUAUAUCCGAUGGGGUGCCGCCAUCUGUGGCUAGUUAG